AAAGGAGAAAAGUUUCUAUUUUUAUUGUUUGCACUUGCAAUUGAUUGCAUGACCCUUCUUCAUCUGUAUCAAAAUGGCUUAAGAGACGUUUUGGAUUCAUUGUCGUUUUACUGAAAAACGUCACUCCAACUCAACAACGCCAUUUCCGAAAUUGCUCUGUUUCGGCAUGGACUUGGGGCGGGGUUUUGAGCUUUCUGCAAAAUAUGAUCUAUUUCCUUCGUCUCUCGAAGGUAAUGAACUGACAAUAACCCUAGAUUUUGGGGAGAUGGAAAUGAAGAGUCUUAUAGUCACAUUUCUCUGAAUUGCUCGAAAUAGUAUCUGAAAAUGUUGAAAUGGCUCUCGCCAAGGGCUUAUUUUAAUCUUUUUAGCUCCAAAAAACCCAAAUUUCCACCUUCAAAGAUUUCUCCCAAAUCAAGUAACAUCAAUAUUUUUAGAAUUUCUUUGUAAUUAAUAAACAAAGACAGCCGAAAAGCUCAACCUCAUCCUCUCUAUUUCUCCAUCGCAGUCGGAAACAUCUUCAUUUGAUUCAAAGUCGCUUAUCCCAUGCCAUACCCAAACUUUCUACACUCGUUGCCCUCAAUUCAAGCUCUCAUCAAGGCCUGUAAAACUCCAAGCCAUCUUCAACAAGUCCAUGCCCAAAUUGUCCGAAGUGGUUUAGAGCAAGACCACACUAUCAUAUCUCAAUUCAUUUGCCUCUCUCAGACUCUAUCCACUCUAUCUUACUCUGCCAGCGUUUUCAACUGUGUUUUCUCCCCCAACACUUUUCUAUGGAAUGUUGUCAUUAAAGGGUACUGCCAGAAGUCUUGCUCUGCUGAAACCAUUUCGGUUUUUAUUCGAAUGAAGAGAGAGGAGGCUGUUCCAGAUAGAUACACUUACCCUUCUGUCAUCAAGGCAUGUGCAAGUGAGGGAAAGGUUAGAGAAGGAAGGACCUUCCAUGGGUUGGCAUUGAGGUGUGGGGUUGAGUGUGAUGCUUUUGUGAGUACAAGUUUGAUUGAUUUGUAUGGCAAGUGUAAAGAGAUUGGUUGUGCCCGUAAGCUGUUUGAUUGUUUGUCUGAGAGAAAUGUGGUUACUUGGACGGCUAUGGUUGUUGGGUAUGUUAUUUAUGGAGACUUGGUGGAGGCAAAGAAGCUGUUUGAUGAGAUGCCGUUGAAAAAUGUGCCUUCUUGGAAUGCCAUAAUUGGAGGGUUUGUGAAAUUGGGUGACUUGGGUAGUGCUAGGAGGAUUUUUGAAGAGAUGCCUGAGAAGAAUGUGGUUUCCUUUACCACUUUAAUUGAUGGGUAUGCAAAAUCAGGUGAUAUGGCUUCUGCAAGGGUUUUGUUUGACCAAGCUCCUAAUAGAGAUAUAGUUGCGUGGUCGGCAUUGAUAUCUGGGUAUGCUCAGAAUGGUCAGGCCAGAGAGGCUGUGGACAUUUUUCUUGAAAUGGAUUCUUGUAAUGUUAAACCGGAUGAGUUUAUAAUGGUGAGCUUGAUGUCAGCUUGUUCUCAGGAAGGAAGUUUGGAGUUGGCAAAAUGGGUUGAUAAUUAUGUCACUCAAAGUUCAAUUGAUCUUGGUCGAGCUCAUGUUCUUGCAGCUCUUGUUGACAUGAAUGCUAAAUGUGGAAACAUAGAGAGAGCAAAAAACUUGUUUGAUCAGAUGCCUAAGCGAGACUUAAUCUCGUAUUGUUCAUUGAUGCAGGGGCUAUCUGUACAUGGUUGUGGGGAACAGGCCAUUUCCCUUUUCAAUAUGAUGCUAAAUGAAGGUUUAAUUCCUGAUGAGGUGGCUUUUACAGUAAUCCUGACAGCUUGUGGCCGAUCUGGGCUGGUCGAGGAGGGUAGGCACUUAUUUCGUUUAAUGGAAAAUGAGUACUCCAUUGUUCCUUCACGAGAUCAUUAUGCUUGUAUGGUUGAUCUUCUCAGCCGUUCAGGAAGGUUAAAAGAAGCUUAUGAGCUUUUAUGUUCAAUGCCCAUGGAGCCUAGUGCUACCUCUUGGGGUGCUCUACUUGGGGCCUGUAAGCUACAUUGUGAUAUGGAGCUAGGUGAGUUAGUUGCCAGUAGGUUGAUUGAGCUUGAACCUCAAAAUGCUGGUAAUUAUGUUCUCCUUUCAAAUAUCUAUGCUGCCACAGACCGUUGGUUGGAUGUUUCCCUGGUGAGGAACAAAAUGAAAGAGAAAUUAGUUAAGAAAGUACCUGGUUGCAGUUGGCUUAGUACACAAGGCUGAGUGAUUUUUUCGGUUACACUGGAUAAAUUAAUAUCAUUACUCUCAACUGUUGGUGCUAAGAGCAAGAGGGACCUAGUUUUGUGCAUUCUCUUCAAAUUCUUUUCCCAGGCCAUUAUACAAUUGCGUGCAAAUUUGCAUGGCAUACAGCAGCUGUUCUUCCUCUUGUAACUGCAAGCAUAUGAUUGUCUAACACGUUCAAGCAAUGGAAGUUGCUUCAGCUAGUGGAAGCUACUGUCCAGUUGGAUGUCUUGCACACACGUCUGAUCUUUUUAAGAUUCCAAAAGACCCUUGCUUUGAAUAUCCUGAAAAGUAAGUUGACAUAAUCGCUCUAGAGUUUCUAUUUUUCUGUUAAUAAAUGUUUUGUCAUUGAAUAUUACUUUUUGUCACAACUAAAGAAAAUCUAUCACUAAAUAAUUAGAAGUUGUCAAUACAAAUUACAUUUUUUUUAAUUCUUUAAUCAUAUUGCAUCUAAUCUUGUGUUUGACGAGUGAGUUAGGCACAUUGGAAUUAAUUGUCAUUUUGUUUGUAGAAAAUUCAAGAAUGCUUUGAUUUUUACCAAACAUGUAAAGAUUGAAGAACAACUAGAGGAUAUCUUCACGAAAGCUUUGAAUGGGGUUAUAGUUGAUUAUGUAUGUAACAAGUUGGACACUAUCAAUAUCUAUGCUCCAACUUGAGGGGGGUGUUAGUUGUAUAUUAAGUAUAUAAUUAAUCUUAAUUCUAGUUUCCCAAUUGUACAAGUUAUCCAAUAUAGAUUCCUAUGUUUUGUACAUAUAAUUUCAAUGAAAUAAAACUUCAUUUUCUCGUUA